CCAACCUUGUCUUGGAGAUUAAACGCUCUGCCUCUCUACUCGUCUUUCUCUCCGUGCCCGGGCCUUCAAGACCUAAGAUCAAGUAUCUAGGUCCUUAGAAGCCACCAAAUACACAGAUCUCCCACCAGAAACCACGACCAUUGCAAUCAUGAAGUUCUUAUCAGCCGCCGCCCUGCUUCUCGCCUCUCCUCUCGUUGCAGCGGCCUCCUUUCCAGCCCUCUUCGACCCCUCGCAGGCCCCGAUCCGUGCGGAAGACGAGCGCAAGAACCCAGUUGAUGGCGAAAACCCCCUAGAAUUCUGUGAACCUCCAUCAUCUCAUCUCCUCACCAUCGACUCGGUCGAUCUGUCGCCCAACCCUCCUCAAGCUGGCGAGACACUCACUAUUACCGCGUCGGGUACUUUCCACGAAACCAUCACCAAGGGUGCUAUCGUGAACGUUGAAGUCAAGUGGGGUGUUAUCACUUUGGUGAAGCAAACUAUGGACUUGUGUGACCAGAUUGAGAAUGUUGAUCUGAAGUGCCCUCUGGAGAAGGGUAGCAUGGUCUUGACGAAGCAAGUCGACCUGCCCAAGCAGAUUCCUCCGGGUCGCUACUCUGUGCUCGCCGAUGUCUACACCAAGGAUGAGAAGAAGGUCACCUGCCUCAAGGCCGACAACAUCGAGUUCAAGAUCAAGUUCUAAUCGCUGUUCGCACCUGGGAACUAUCCUCCGCUUGCAUCCACACUUCUGGUGGCCUCAUCUAUCUAUUUCACGUUGGAAAUAUCUCGGCCUUUGCUUGUUGAAGCCCCUCUAUGCUAGUUACGCUUUUGCCUACGUCCUGUCACGACCCUAGUACAUGUUUGAUUUUGCCUAUCACUCGACUUUUCUGCCUGUUCCAAGCCAUACAGUCUAUUCAGGUAUCACUAUGCCUCUGCCAUUCAUGCUGUUAACUUUGCAUCUCACUGCUUGAUUACCUCGAAUUUAGUUCAGGGCGGGCGCUUUCGUCAUGGUUCGGAUAAUAUACAUGGAAU